AGGCUCUGAACGCCGGCGUGGGAGGAGGACGGGAGCGGGGGCGGGAAGUUCCCGAAAGGAGCCAGACAGGGAGGGACAGGGCUGAGGAGAGGAAGGCGAUGCGACGGACAGGCGCACCCACUCAGUCUGACUCUCGGGGGCGAGGUCGAGCCAGGGGCGGCUGCCCUGGGGUCGAGGCGACGCCGUCUCUUCCUCCACCUCGCGGCGGAACCCGAGGACAGGAGCCUCAGAUGAAAGAAACUAUCAUGAAUCAGGAGAAACUCGCCAAAUUGCAGGCACAAGUGCGCAUUGGUGGAAAAGGAACUGCUCGCAGAAAGAAGAAGGUGGUUCAUAGAACAGCUACAGCAGAUGAUAAAAAACUUCAGUUCUCCUUAAAGAAAUUAGGGGUAAACAAUAUCUCUGGUAUUGAAGAGCAGAGAAUUUCCUAUUGCUCUAGAUUUAAAGUUCCUAAGAUAUAUUCCUACCCUGUUAACAAAUAUCAGGGCGAUUCCGUGGAUGGAAAAGCACCACUUGCUACUGGAGAGGAUGAUGAUGAUGAAGUUCCAGAUCUUGUGGAGAAUUUUGAUGAGGCUUCCAAGGAUGAGGCAAACUGAUUUGAGUCAACUUGUGAAGAAGAUGAAACUUGAAGAAGUUACUUGGAGCUGCUAUUUUAUAUUAUGACUGCUUUUUAAAAUUGUUUUGUUUAUGGAUCUGAUAAAAUCUAGAUCUCUAAUAUUUUUAAGCCCAAGCCUUUUGGACAUUGCAGCUCUUUUCAGUUUUUGCUUAUACAUAAUUCAUUCUUUGCAGCUAAAUAAGCUGAACAAGCCUGGGAAUAAAAUUUGAAACAAAGGUUAAUAAAGUUCUUUGCCUAGUA